GAUCGAUCCUAUUGGCUCUCGUCUCGAUAUUUUGAAACGUAACGUAAUAUCGGAAGCAUCGAUAUUUUUGGAUCGAUCCGCCCACCCCUAGUUGAAGGGUCACGUGCUGUGGUCAGCCUCUUCACAGCAGCUGCAGCAUCAGAAACUCACCGGCGGAGGAACUGUCUCCCUGAAGAGAGUUAUUGCUCAGUCAGAGGGGGUAGGAGCUGUGGUGCAUGGCAGAGAACAGGAGCAGGAGGACAGGGCAGGAGAGGGGGCCUCAGCUCCUGUUGGGGGGACAUGGAGCUCUCAGAGAGGCUAACUUUAGAGCAGCAGGACCAGCACCUGAAGACCCCCUGGACUCUGGUGGACACCAUGAACUACGUGGGGCAGCUGGCGGGUCAGGUGCUGGUCACAGUGAAGGAGCUGUAUAAGGGGAUCAAUCAGGCCACGCUGUCGGGCUGCAUCGACGUGGUGGUGGUCCGACAGCCCGAUGGGACCUUCCAGUGCUCCCCUUUCCACGUUCGCUUCGGAAAACUGGGGGUCUUGCGCUCCAGGGAGAAAGUAAUUGAUAUAGAAAUCAAUGGGGAACCUGUAGAGCUGCACAUGAAGCUGGGAGACAACGGAGAGGCCUUUUUUGUCCGAGAAACAGAGCAGCAUAACGAGAUAGUUCCAGCUCACCUGGUGACCUCACCCAUCCCCUCAGAAGAGGAUCUGUUGAGGAGCAGAGAGCCCAGAUGUGGGGUCACAGCGCUGGAGAACAUUCAGCCUCUGAGUCCAGAAGACUCCACCUCUGGAAACCUCCAACCCUGCACCAACACCACCGGGAAGAAGAAGAGGAAACGCAGGAGGAAGCACAAAGCGGAGCCACGUAAGGAGGAGCAAAGCCCACCUGCAGGAGGGGAGCCGGAGCUGUGUGAGCUCAGUUCAGAUGAGGAGCACACGCACAACGGAUGGCCAUCUUCCCUCUCCGUGAUGAAGGAGAACAUGGACCACAGGCAACCUUCCCCCCUCACCGCCCUCGAAUGGGACAGCUACCCCUUCUCUGACGCCGACUGGUCCCCUCGCACUACCACGGAGAUGUCGGAGCCCGUAUCGCACAAGAGUGACUCGGAGCUGAUGCUGAAGCCGGAAGAGAGCAUUCUCAGGGCCGAGUCCCACAUGCAGUGGACAUGGGGAGAGUUCCCAGAAUCCACCAGGGUCAACAAAAAGGACAAAUCAGAGCCAAGGACACUGAUCAUCACUCCCUCUGAGAACACACACUUCAGGGUUAUCUUGAGCACUGAAGCCAUGGAGGAAAGGGAAGAAGAAAGAACAACAGAUCCCAUUUGCAGUAUAGUGAAGCCAGAGCCCCGCACCAUCAAACCUGAUCAGUGCAGCUGCUCCUCUCAGCGCCACAAAGCUUUGUCGGGAAACACAAACAUGACCAGCCACAAAACAGACCUUUCAGAUUUAAUGUCCAGCAGUUUUACCUCGGGGCCGUGUCCCCCCAAAUCUGACCUCAGCCCAAAGGCAGCCCACGCAAUAAGGUGGAAGUCUUCGCCGCCGAGCCGCCGGGGCAGCGGGGGGGGCAACAUGGCUGCAGACGCAGCAGCUGUUUGUCCCGAUUCAAGAUCUAAACCCAGCGACUCCCCGGCCAAGAGGAGAGGUGUGAGCAAGAGGAGCCAACACCAGGGCCCUGAAGAUAUUUACCUGGACGACCUGAUUGCACUUGAACCUGAUGUUGUUGCCCGCUACUUCCCAAAAAGUGACUCUGAGCCGGUUCCUAAGCUCUGGGUAGGGAGGGGCCGGCGCUCUGGGUCCCAGUCCCCCCAGUCUGUGGGCAGCGGCGCGGCAGACAGCGGCACCGAGUGUCUGUCCGACUCCGCUGCCGACCUGCCCGACGUCACGCUGUCGCUGUGUGGAGGCGUCGCAGAGGACUCUGAGAUCCCUACAGAAAAAUUCAUGGAGCACAUCAUCACCUAUAAUGAGUUUGCAGAGGAUCCAGCGAUAAUUGACAAUCCCAAUUUGGUGGUUAAAAUUGGAAACAGGUACUACAACUGGACCCUGGCAGCACCGUUGAUACUCAGUAUGCAGGCUUUUCAGAAGAGCUUGCCAAAGGCUACAGAGGAGGCCUGGGUGAAGGAGAAAAUGCCCAAAAAGUCUGGACGGUGGUGGUUCUGGAGAAAGAGCAGCGUGAAGUCAUCAUCAGAGACCAAGUUAGAGACACAAGAGUCUCUACCGGGAGAGACUGCCCCUCACCAGGCCCCAGAAACACAGCAGAAAGCAGCAGAGAGGUCCAGCGACGAUGAGACUAAAGAGCUGAGCGCUAUGACAACCGCUCCGACACCUACUGAGCAUGUGCAGACAGAAGGCCCGACCCCGGCGCCUUGUCACUCCUACAAGAAGUCCCUCCGCCUGUCCUCUGACCAGAUAGCCAGCCUGAAGCUAAGGGAGGGCCCUAAUGAUGUCACCUUCAGCAUAACCACUCAGUACCAGGGGACAUGUCGCUGCGAGGGCACCAUCUACCUGUGGAACUGGGACGACAAGGUCAUCAUCUCUGACAUCGACGGCACCAUCACCAAAUCAGACGUGUUUGGUCACAUUCUGCCUCAGCUCGGGAAAGACUGGACUCAUCAAGGCAUCGCUAAGCUCUACAACUCCGUGCACGAGAACGGCUACAAGUUCCUGUACUGUUCGGCCCGAGCGAUCGGCAUGGCUGACAUGACCAGAGGGUAUCUGCACUGGGUGAACGACAGAGGGACCCUCCUGCCUCAGGGGCCCCUCAUGCUCUCCCCCAGCAGCCUCUUCUCUGCCUUCCACAGAGAGGUUAUAGAAAAAAAGCCGGAAAAGUUCAAGAUCCAAUGCCUCACAGACAUCAAGAACCUGUUCCUCCCAAACACACAUCCCUUCUACGCAGCCUUUGGAAACAGAGAAAGUGACGUGUUUGCCUACAAGCAAGUGGGCGUGCCCGUGUGUCGGAUAUUCACAGUGAAUCCCAAAGGAGAGCUAAUCCUGGAGCAAGCAAAAGGCAAUAAAACAUCAUACAGCCGUCUGAGCGAGCUGGUGGAGCACAUGUUCCCUCUACGCAGCUCCCAGCACAGCGCCACCUUCAGCUGCCCCGAGUUCAGCUCCUUCUGCUUCUGGAGGCAGCCCGUCACCGAGGUGUGUUUAGAGGAGCUGCUUUGACUCAAUCUGGGGUUCAUAUUUGUAAUGAAGGAGGAAUGGCUUCUAAUAUAAGACAUUCUGGAAUAGCUUGAUAUUGUCUUAGACACAUUCCACUUUAGUGAAAGAGUUUGAUUUUGGCAGUGGAGGUGUUUAAACUGGCCACUGUUCAGUAUGAAACAAAUACUGAUUGUAUUUCUCUCUUUCCAUGACUUGAGGGCGAUCAUAAAACAUCCAAGGUUAUAUUUAUAGCAGCUAUAUUUGCAUCCCUUUUAAGGCCUUACUCACUCUUUAGUGGCCUUAUAUCUCUGCUUACUAACUUUGCACACCGCUUUAAAGAAAACUGUGAAAUGAUUUAGUUAAUAAUUGCAUUGCUGUCAUUUAAAAAAGGAAGUCUUUAUGAACUGUAGACACUGAUAUAUUGGUAUGAAGUAUAUUUGCAAAGCCCAGAUUUAAUUAGAUAAUUAUUAACUAAUCUGCUGCUGUGUGAUGUUGCCAUGGUAAAACUGCAGUAUAUUAAUGUUAUGCCUCUUUUUGUUUUUAUCCUUUUCACGCUCAGUAACAGCUGAAAUGUGACGUUUUCUUUCUAUGAAAGUGAAGAACUCUGUGUGAAGAGAACACACACUAUACAUCUGAUUUUGUGGAGACGUAGCUCACGUUUCAGGGUAGAAACCUCUGCUGAUGUGUUUUCUGUAUUAACAAUGUAAACACAAAGAAUGUUUUAAAUGACUGUUUUGAAGAAAAACAAGUGGACAAAUACAUUCAACAGUUUGCUUUGACAGUUAUUUAAAGUAGUGUAUAUUGUGAACGCUGUAUUAAAUGUUAAAUCAAAUGGUUGACAGUGCUCUAAUAAAAGCACAAGCUAUAUUUGAAGACAAAA